AUGCUUGCCCUUGCUGCCUCAAAGAAUUGGUUUCUACACCAACUUGAUGUGGAUAAUGCUUUUCUACAUGGGGACCUAAAUGAAAAUGUCUAUAUAGAACCUCCACCUGGUUUAGAUGCAGACACUAAAGGACAAGUUUGCACACUGACUAAGUCUCUCUAUGACCUAAAACAUGCCAGUAGGCAAUGGUUUGACAAACUUUCUACCUUUCUCAUUUCUAAUAAUUACAUUCAAUCAAAAUCUGAUCACUCUCUCUUCAUCAAAAGAACCAUUGUUUUGGCAGGGAACUCUAUGGCUGAAAUUACUCACAUAAAGACUCUUCUACAUCAUCAAUUUUGUAUAAAGGAUAUAGGAGAACUCAAAUACUUCCUAGGAUUUGAAGUUGCUAGAUCUAAGAAGGGCAUACAUCUUUGCCAAAGAAAAUACGCUCUUGACAUCCUUGAAGAAACAAGAAUGUUAGGAAGCAAGCCUUGUUCUACUCCCUUUUUGAGUAACACAAAUUCUUUGUACAAAACCGAAAAUUACUUGGAUAAUCCUAGUCUUUAUUGCAGAUUAAUUGGGAAAUUACUCUAUCUUACUAACACUAGACCUAAUUUAUGUUUUACUAUCAAUUUUCUAAGUCAGAUUAUGCAGGAACCUACCAUUCAUCAUUAUCAGGCUUUGCAGCAUGUUCUAAGAUACAUAAAGUACAACCCUUCAAAAGGAGUCUUCUUUGCUGCUGACUUAGACACCCAAAUAAAAGCUUUUUGUGAUUCUGAUUGGGCUACCUGUCCCAACACCAGAAGAUCCACCAUAGGCUUUUGCAUCUUCCUAGGUUCGUCCCUCAUCUCUUGGAAGUCGAAGAAACAAAGUACUAUUUCGAGAUCCUCAACCGAAGUUGAGUAUCGAGCUCUCGCUACCAUCGUAUGUGAGAUACAAUGGCUUCGCUAUCUUCUUCAAGACUUUCACAUUCAAUCUACUGCUACCACUUCUCUUUACUGUGACAACAACUCUGCUAGGCACAUAGCACACAACCAAAGCUUCCACGAGCGGACCAAACACAUUGAACCAGACUGUCAUGUUGUGAGAGAGAAGAUUCAAGCGAAACUUCUGUGUCUCCUCCCUAUUCGAUCGGAAAAAAAACUUGGCGAUGUUUUCACAAAGUUUCCUCACCGUGUUCGUUUCAGAUCUAUCAUCUCCAAGCUUGAAUUAGUCAGUAUACACCAUCCAACUUGA